CUUUUCGUUAAAUUACGCCACCAUUUUCACAUAAUUUUCUAAUCGUUUGCAAAACGUAAUACACAUAGGUGGAAUUUUAUUUGGUUGAAUAAUUAAAAAUAUAUAUAUUUAAAAAGGUAAAGUAGCAGCGAAAAUUUUUUCGUGAUCAAAAUACUAAACAAGAUUCCCGUUUGUAAAAUUUUUCAACAACAUUUUCGUCACAUUGCUGUUAUGGAAAACAUCAAGCAGUUAUUGCAACAUAAUGGCCAAUAUGACUCAACAGACUCGAAUUCAGAUACAGAUAGUGAAGAAAGUACAAUAUCGGCCGUGAAAAACGGUACGAAUGCUAAUCAAGAAGGUCGAAUGCCGACCAGGCGACCGAAUCCAAAUGUGCACAACAGAAAUGCGCUUUUGGCAAGAGAAAACAGACGUAAAAAGAAGGCACAUUUGGAGGCCAUGGAGAAGGAAUUGGAGCAGGUACGAGGGACAAAUAAGCAACUUAAAAAGGCGUUAAAGCAGCAAAUGAAAGCAGUUGGGCAGUUGCAACGGGAAAAAAGGUAUUUUCAGAGCGUUAUAGCAAAUCACAAAGAAAUAGAGAAUCUUAUUAAAGCUCUGAAUGUUCGAAUGCAUGUACAGCAGCAGUUGUCUACUGCAAAUUCUCCAAUGCUGAGCUCGCCUGGACAUUCUACUUGUAGCCAGCAUUUAUGUCAAUCACCGAACCUUUUAAAGCAAUCGGCCAGUGUGGACAAUGCUGGGUGGCAUGCUGCAUCAACAUCGGAAAAUUCAGACAAUGAUUUCAUGCCUUCCCCUACAUUUAACGAUACAUGGUCCGAUCUUUUGGAAGAAGACUUCGGAAAUAAAGAUUUGACUCAACUAACUACUGUUGGCGCAGAACACAGUUAUGCGGGAAAGGAGCAAUUACCAACAUCUACUAGUACGGAUGACGAUGCAGGCAUUUGUUUGCAUAUAAGGCAAGGAAAGGUUUCUCUGGAAUUUUGUCCAACUUGUAGUUGGAAUUCCAAUAAUUAUACAAAUGUAGAUUUAUUGCAAAAUUAAUUGUUACUAAAGUUUGUUUAUUUUUAUAC